AUAUAAGGGAGGUCACUAAGGCAGCAAGACUGCUGCUGCCGCUGCUUCUGCUGCGGCUACAGCAAGCCUUCGCCUACAACUACUGCCAGAAUGCGACCAGCUAUUGCGAAAUGGCCAAUACGGUGCACUUCAUGUGUCGUUUGGAAACCGAGCUGCGUCCAUUGAAUAGUUUCAUCAAGCUGGUGGCCAUCAUACCAGACACUUAUGUAUUCCGUGACAUGAUACUGGAGUAUCAUAACAGCUUUCGCGAUGCUGUGGCCAGCGGCCUAUUGGUCAAUAAGAACGGUAUCGUUUUUCCGUCUGCCAGGCGCAUGCGCGAGCUCGUCUGGGAUUCGGAGCUGGCGUAUUUGUCGCGUAUGCAUGUCAAGAGCUUAUCCUUCAAGCAUACGGUCUGCCGUUCGGUGAAGCGCUUUCCACUAGUCGGCGAGAAUUUGAGUUUGAUUUUUACAAACAAAACGAAACACCAAAAAGUACGCGAUGUGCUGAACCUAACACUAAAGAAUAUGUUCCUUGAGUAUAAGGAUAUUGCGGAUCCCGAAAAAUCUGUUGACUACUUCGAUAUUAUGCAGCAUCCUGAGAGCUUAGGCCACUUUACGAUUAUGGUGAAUGAUCGCGUCUCAAGAGUGGGCUGCUCCCUAUCCAUAGCCACACAUUGUGUCACUACAAAGGCAGCGGGCCAUUGCUACUUUCUGUGUUGUCACUACGAUUUUAACAAUGUUGCCGGCGAGUACAUAUAUAAGCGUGGCCGACCGUGCUCAGGUUGCAACGCUUUUGAUACUACUCCCAGCAGGAAUUAUCUUAAUCUAUGUACCAAUAACGGACAAAUAUUUGCCAAAGAUGAUUCCAAAGUCGUUACGCGCUCAGAUGACGAUGAUGAGUAGUAUAUGCAAAAUAUAUAAAAACAGUUAUUUAUUUUUUGCUUAGCAUCCAAUUCACAUACGUUUCUUAUAACCUAUGACAUCGGUUUUAAAAACUCAAAUUUUCCAGUGUAUAUAUAUAUGUUUUUCUACUCUUUUGUAUCAUUUUUAUAAAAUCCGACUUUUUACUAA